UUGUCAAUAUGGUGUUAGAAGAUGUUACAGAAUUUGAGAUUACCCCUGAGGGCAGAAGAAUCACAAAGCUAGACCAGAUUUUGCUAAAUGGAAAUAACAUAACAAUGCUGGUUCCUGGAGGAGAAGGACCUGAAGUAUAAAUUGAUACAGUUGUCAUCUAUGAAGACAUGUUAUAUCUGCUCUCUCUCUCUCUCUCUCUCGUUUUUGGGGUAUGGGUGUGGGUGGUUUUGGGUGUGGGUUUGUUUGUUUUGUUUACACACGCUUGCAGUUGACAUUUGAUAAAAGACAAGGAUUUCCUCUUCAGGAAAGGUGCGUUGCUAAUGAUAAUGCUGAUUUUGUAAGUUGAAAUUGUGACUUGUACAGAUGCCCUGAUCUGUUCUGAAUAAAAGGCUUUCUUUUUGUUA